UAACCAACUCCUACUUACGACCAUUAAACAUCUACGUCCAUUCAAUCUCGACAUCUAAUCCCACGACGAUAUUCGAACGCCCGGAGCGAAACGAAAUCGCAUUAAUUGAAUUUCUUACAGGUGUAAUUGCAUACCUAUGUACUGACCACAAGCGAAGAGGUGAUUUGCAGCAGAGCUCGAACUCACAGCCUCUGCUAACCUACCGAAUGCAUCGCUGCGACAAUGGCCAAUCGAUACGGCGGGACAUACCGCAGUCGCAAUGGCAACGGCACCGCUGGGAGGCAAGAUGAAGAAUACGAUCCUUACGGUGAUGGUUACGCCAGCGAUCGCUUUGGCACUCCUCCCCAGCAGAUGAAUCCUCGAAGGCCACCCAUCGAAUCCGGUCGAAGCGGCGGCUACGGCUCUUCAGCUUCCAGAGUCCAGCGAGCGAAUGAACGAGUAAAUGAAACGAGCGCCGAGCGACAGAUAUCCCAGGUUCUCGAACUUAUUAAAUCUGAAUGGCCUGCUAUGAUCCAAGACGACUGCAUACCCGUUUCACUAGCACUUCAGCUACUGGACAAUAGCUCUGUCGGCCGAGCCCACGAAUACAAGGGCUUCAAGAAGACACAUAAAUAUUUGCAAGAUUCUCUGAAGAAUAUCGUGCACGAACACCAUCAGGGCUUCAAUAGUUCGAUAGGCACCUUUCACAAGAUCCAGGGGAGCAUACAAUCUUCCCAGAAAAGAGUUCGUGCUUUGAAAGAAUCUUUAGCUGCAUCACGGACGAGCCUUUGUGCAACGGAUCCAGAACUCAAGAAGUUAUAUAAAUCGUCACAGAUGUACGAUGAUGUGCUGCAGACGUUGAAUGAAUUGGAGGAUCUGCGAACGGUGCCGGAUCAGUUAGAGGCCAGGAUAUCGGAGAAGCGAUUCUUAACUGCUGUUGAAGUACUGCACAAUGCUCUGCGGAAGUUGCGCAAACCAGAGCUUGACGAUAUUGGAGCUCUAAACGAUCUAAGGGGUUAUCUUGCCAACCAGGAGACCGCACUAAUGGAUAUCCUGACUGAGGAAUUGCAUGAACACCUGUAUCUGAAAUCACCCUACUGCCAGGAGCGGUGGCAAAAUCUAGCCAAAAAGCAGGGUGUAUACAACGAAAACUAUAGCGAGCCUAACAUGUUGACCCCAUUCCAUCUAGUUCUGGAUACGAUGGAUCUUAACCAGCCAGUAACCGAAGACCCAGCAAAGAAUCCUGAAGCGGACACCUUUUAUUACAUAAGCCUUGUUGUUGAGUCCCUUAACAAGCUUGGUCGGUUAGAAGGUGCGGUCGAUACGUUGAAGCAACGACUCCCGGUCGAGCUCUUCUCUAUCGUGAAUGAGACGAUUAAUGAAGUUGAUCAGAGACACCCUAGUUCGUUGAGAGGUGGCACAGGAAACGCGCAGGGUCUACACAUCUAUGGUAAUAGGGAGACGCAAAUGCGCGCGGAUGUCAUCUACGACCUUCUGUGGACCUUGUAUGGUAAAUUUGAGGCUAUUGCUGAAGGUCAUCGGGUAUUCCAUGAGGCUAUCAAGGCGCUUAUUCGACGAGAAGGCGGUGGUAACAACAGUUCCCUUCUCGGAAGUUUUAGGGAGUUAUGGAAUCUCUAUCAAAACGAAAUACGCUCCCUUCUACAUAACUACGUCACCACAGAUGCGGACGUCUAUCAAUUCAACUCGCCAAGGCAAGGCGCGCUGCUCAAUGGCAAUAAAGACAUCUCUAGGGAACAUCUCUUCAAAUUCUCCGAAGCAGACCCCAAGUCUGUGGAGAUGACUACCGAAUACGAGGCCUUAGAUGAUAUUAUUAAAGCCGCAGUUCCAGGUCUUACAACUGCUUCCCGAAAAACACAGGCUUCGGAUAGAAAAUUGGCAGGGAAAGAGUCGAGGAGAAGUGCAUACUCCGGGGCUUUCGACAAUAGAAAUACGCCUGGUUCUUACAAGUCACUCGUGGAGCCAAGCGUAUUUAAUAUGAGUCUCCUUUUACCUCCGACCCUGGUAUUCCUGGGACGCUUAAAAGCGAUCGUCCCCCCAGGCUCGGAUUUGGCUGCGAGCACCUUGACAUCUUUCCUCGAUAACUUUUUGGUUAAUGUUUUUCAGCCACAGCUAGAUGAAACCCUCAGCAAACUAAGCGACUCCGUGUUUGGAGAAACAGACUCAUUUCAGCAAGAUCCUGCAUGGGAUCUAGUAGCCCGUCGUCCCGUCUUCAAGGGGGCAACCGCGUUCUUCGCUGUUAUCACCGCAUUCUGCCGGAUGCUUGGAACGAUUCCGCAUGACCAGGCGCUUAGCUCUCUAAUUAUUUCUCAGAUGGUGAGAUAUUAUGAAAGGUGCCUUACGUGGUUUAAAUCACUCGUUUCCAAAGCGCAAGAAGCCGGUGUAGGGCCGUGGUCGUUGCGGUAUUCCGCAGAAUUAGCCAUUGGGGAUAGCGAUAUCCAAGAAACGAUUAAGAAUCUUUGGACUUCGGAUAACCUCGAUCACGAAUUAAUAGAAAAGGAAGUUGGGUUACUUAUUACGCAUGCUAAUGGACGGCGCCUCGAGCCGAACGAUGUCAUCCAAGACCGCGACGUUAUUUCGUCUUUAUGCCUCCUCUAUACUAGCAUGAAAUGGCUCUCAGUCCGGAUUCUUAGUCUACGACAUAUCACGCGAUUCGACACGGAUUCUUCUCAGCCCACCUUGCCGAGGAACCAAAACCGCCGCUGGACUUUAUUGAAUGACCCUAACAAGGCGAACGGAGAACAGCAUGGCCCUGUGUACCUUCCAAUGACACAGGAAACUGUCCAGUAAGCCCCUCUAAUCUUGUCUCUUUGGUUGUUAACGGUUAUCUAACUCAGUACUUUGCAGAUCAUUUGACAAUAUAGUAUCAU